AUGGAUGUCAGCUACAAUAGGUUGUUUGGGGAACUAUCACCCAAUUGGGGAGAAUGCCAAAAUUUGACAGGGCUACAGUUAUCUGGGAACAGGAUCACAGGUAGAAUUCCUCCUGAGAUUGGACAGUUGAAGCAGCUACAAGUACUUGGUCUUUCUUCUAACCAUCUCGAAGGAGAGAUUCCAAAGGAAUUUGGGAGGCUAUCUUCUUUGUUCAACUUGAGUUUAAAUGAUAACAAACUUUCUGGUCAGGUACCACAGGAGAUUGGAAAACUAUCCAAUUUGGAGGUCCUCUUCCCAACAACAAAAUCUUUCAGAAGACUUGCGGUGGCAUUCAUAAAAAACAAAGGAUUAUGUGAUGAAGUGCAAGGUUUGAGACCUUGCAAUGCUCCUUCAACAAGGCAUGGUGAUGCAAGGAAAGGCCGCAAAGUUGUUAUCUUUAUCAUUCUUCCUCUCUUGGUGGCCUCGUUUCUUUUAUUUGUAAUCCUUGGCAUUUCUUGUAUUUAUUAUCAAAGAAGAAAAAUAGAGAAAGGGGUUGUUGAAAGGAGCAGUGGAAAUCCAUUUUCAAUAUGGAAUUAUGAUGGAAUUGCUGUAUUUGAAGACAUUGUGGAAGCUACAGAGGGUUUUGAUGACAAAUACUGCAUAGGAACUGGAGGGUAUGGGAAAGUUUACAAAGAAAAUCUACCAACAGGCCAAAUAGUAGCUGUGAAGAAACUUCACUUACUUGAAGGUGGGGAUCAAUUUGAUCAAAGAAGUUUUAGAAAUGAGAUACGAGCAUUAAUAGAAAUCCGCCAUCGCAACAUUGUAAAGCUUUAUGGUUUUUGUUCCCAUGCUCGAUACUGGUUUCUAGUCUACCAGUACAUGGAAAAGGGAAGCUUGGCUGGCAUCUUAGGCAACAACGAAGGAGCUGCACAGUUGGAUUGGACUACAAGGUUGAAGGUUAUUAAAGGUGUGGCCCAUGCUUUAUCUUACAUGCACCAUGAUUGCACCCCACCCAUUGUCCAUCGAGACCUAUCAAGCAACAACAUUUUGCUGAAUUCGGAACUUGAGGCUUGUGUCUCUGACUUUGGCACAUCAAGAUUAUUGAUACCCGAUUCAUCCAAUUGGACUAUGCUUGCAGGCACUUAUGGAUACACUGCUCCAGAGCUUGCAUAUACAAUGAGAGUGACUGAAAAAUGCGACGUAUAUAGCUUUGGUGUUGUAGCACUUGAAGUGAUGAUGGGAAGGCAUCCCGGGGAGCUCAUCGCCACUUUGUUAUCACCAAGUAGACAAGAUUCACUGCUAAAGGAUAUGUUGGAUCAACGUCUCCAAGACCCAAUGGCUGAGGUUGCACAGGAAGUCAUAUUUGCAGUGUCCAUGGCACUUUCAUGCAUUCAACCGGAUCCAAACCCUCGGCCAACCAUGCACCACGUGGCUCAAGAGCUAUCUGUUGAUGGGCCUUCCUUCUCUCUGGGGUCAUUCCAAGCACUUACAUUACGUCAACUGAUGGAUGUCAAGGUUCAGUUGGAUGGAUGAAAAUCAUCGAAUGUAGAGAAGGUGUUAUUCUUGUUAUGAUAUGCACGUAAUUCGGUGUGUGGAAUCAAUAUUUAUCUAUAACGUAUAUUUCCAGGUGAGGCCCGUGUCUUUUUUUGUGGCUCCCAUCCGAAUGUUUGUACAUUGUUUUUAUUGUAUUAACAAAGUUACAGGUGGUGUGCUCCCACCUUUCUCUAAAAAUAAAUAAAAUAAAAUAAAAAUGUAGAUUUCUAGGAUUGGUGAUCAAAAUCCAAAUGUAAUAAAAGUGUUGGGGGACUACGGAAGCACACAGAGAUGAAUCUAAGGAAGUAAUCCGAUCGCAUGAAGCAAACACGAAAAGAACACAGAUUUUAACGUGAAAAAACCCUUUCGGGAAAAAACCAUGGCACAAAGCGACAUAUAUCACUAUGAAAGUAGGCUGCAUUUGUAUAUUGAAAAUAGGCUUCUAUUUUGGUGAUUAUCCUCUUAACUAUCCAUUUUCCUCGUACAAGUGCAGUCCACUUGGUUAACAGAUGGGACUUAACUUGUGCGGCAACUAGGGUUGUUCAAGAUUAGCCCCAUCCAUCUAAUAUCUUAGUGGAAAGUAACUUAAGUUGGUUUUCGAGGCUUUCUAAGCUAUUCUUUCUCGCAUUGGUAGGUAGAGUACGAUUGGAAGGACAUUUUAUCCGACGCUUGGAGCUUUAAUGCAAUGUUCUCCCAUAAUCUUCAAGAAGACUGAUCAGGCAAUAGAUGUUCCGGUCAAUAUUGGUAUUUGUGAGAUCCCAAAAGGAUUCCAAAAUUGCACUAGCAUAGAGUAAGUGUGGCAUAACAAAAAUAAUCUCAAUGGAUAUAUUUUAGAAUCCAUUGGGGUAUAUCCAUAUCAAACAUUCAUUGAUGUCAGUGACAACGGAUCGUUUGGUAAACUCUCAGCCAAUUGGUGAGAAUGCCGAAAUUUGAUGAUGAUACAAUUCUCCAAGAACAUGAUCAUCGGUAGAAUACCUCCCGAGAUUGGGCAGUUGAUGCGGCUAGGAGUGCUUGGUCUUUCUUUCUUUUUUUUUUUUUCUUUUUUCUUUUUAAUGUGGGAGCACACCACCUAUUACUUUGUUGAUUUUGCAUAAGUUGCAUAGAAAUUCAGGCAGGCUCCACAAAAAGCAAACAG